AUGUCUCAAACUCUCAAACUUUCUUUUCUUAUAUGUCUCCUAUGGGGCUUACUGGCUGUGGCAGACUUGACCGCGCAUGGCGUCGGCCCUCGAGCUAUCUACACCUGCACAGUCCCCGCGAACAAUAAUGGCACCGAUGAUUCGCCAGCCAUCUUAGCUGCAUUCAAGGAAUGCCGCAAAGGUCGUCGGAUCGUGUUCUCGAAUACGACAUAUCACGUCAACCAAAUGAUGACAACCACGGACUUGGAAGAUACCCAAAUUGAGAUACAUGGCACUUUGCUGUGGAGCAACGACACCGACUACUGGGUGAGCCACCCUCAACCGACUGGUUUCCAGAAUGGUUCUGCAGCUUGGUUCCUAGGCGGCAAGAAUGUCACCAUAGAUGGUUUCGGCUAUGGAACUUUGGACGGCAAUGGCCAAGUCUGGCAAACUAAUGUGCGUUCUAGGUACAACUUGGUUAAAGGCCAGUCGAACUACCCAGAUCGCCCUCACGCUUUGGCCAUUUGGAAAGCCACGGACAUGACGGUUCGCAACGUCCGAAUGGUUCAGAGUCAAAUGUGGACCAUGACAAUCAUGUGGUCAAAGAACGUCCUCUUUGAUGGUAUCUACAUCAACAGUACAUCUAGCAAUGGCUACCCUGCCAGGAACACCGACGGAGCAGACACGAUUAACUCGGAUCACAUCACGUUUCGCAACAUGUACAUUCGGAAUGGCGAUGAUGCCAUUGCCCUGAAGGGUAAUUCCACCAACAUCUUGAUCGAGGAGUCGACCCUCGACCGCUCCCUCGGAAUCGCAUUUGGAAGUCUUGGGCAGUACAAGGGUGUGUUCGAAAGAGUUGAGAAUAUUACUGUCCGCAGAAUCAAGGGGCUCAAGACUCGAUAUGGUGCCUAUGUCAAGACUUGGACCGGUGAUCAGGUGUCGUACCCACCUAACGGGGGCGGCGGAGGUAUCGGGUCAUUGAGUGACUUCAACUUGACUCAGACACAACAAGUGCCAUUCGUCAUCGGCCAAUGCACAAGCUACAGCGGUGAAAAAGGAGACUGUGAGAGCAGCAAGUUCAAGAUAUCCAACAUGACGAUUCGCGGCUGGGUCGGCGAUGGAGCAUCAAGUUACGUCGCAGAUAUGGAUUGCAGCAAAGCGGCUGGGGGCUGUGACAAUAUCACCAUCGAAAAUGUCGGCUUGACCAACACCACUACGGGCGACGCCGUUACGAAAUAUCGAUGCAGAGACGUCACUUCAGUAGAGGGCUUUACUUGCACAUGA